CACCACGGUGCCAAAACUAGCAGACCGGAAUGACUGUCUUCCUUCUAUCAAGGGUCUGACUCUAUGGGAGACUACCACCAUGGCACCUCGUGAUAUAGCUGUUAUCAUUGCAAAUGGGCAAGGGCGCCCUUCUGGAUCACGCGUGACAAAGCGUCAAUUCGAACGCAUGGUCGUUGACUAUACAUAUCCCCCUUCAACGAUAUAAGUACAAGUUAUCUAUCACUACAAUCAGCAGUACCACGCUUGCGAUCGAGAUGGCUACACCUGUCGACUAUGGCGAUUUGGAGUUCACUAGACCUGCUAGGCAGAUCAAGGCCGUAAACCUGCCCGCGGUGCCCCAGCGCAUCUUCGAUGGUAUGAAGCAGUAUGAAGAUGCUGCUCGAGGCUAUGGUACCCCAGGUUUUGAGCGGACAACCAAGGAUGCCAAUGGCAGAGAAGUUCCAGGAGGCGUCAUUGUCUCACACAGACCUGCAAAUGCCCAAGUCACUCAGCUGUAUCGCAUGUCCACAGAUCCUUCUAGUACUGAGCUCAACCGGCUCACCUACUUUGAUGUUGGUUCUGGCAGGACCAUAUCAGCGUUCUGUGGAAUUCUUGAGGAGGACUGGCGGGGUGUGCGCAGGCGCGGAGGUGCCAUCAUGGUCAUGGAUCUCACCGGAAAUGAACACUUCCAACUAUGGCGUUACUGGGAGGAUUCUCUUGCUGAUCAAGUUCUUCCAAAGAUACAAGAAGAGCUGGAUAAUGCACCUAGCCUGGGACGCAUUGAGAGACUAACCCACGACGACUAUAGAUACAGUUCAGUUUUGAUAUCCCAGUCAAAUAAGUUUAUGGCCUUUUCGUCGAAUAAAGAGAACAACAAGGAUACCCUGGUGUAUGUUUCCAGGCUCACGGACUCUAACACGGGCGCAAAGCCAGAUGCCUCUCCCUUCACUCUGCCCUCACGUUUAGUCGCACCAACCACCGGAGAAGGAACGACUGUGUAUCACCCACAGAGCUUCUCCCUUGACGAAAAGUACUUGUUGGUCAUAAGAACUUAUGGUUCGAGCUACAAUGCUAUAUACGUCGUCGACAUCUCUGGCGAACAGGCGUUAGCUCCAAAGCUAAUCGAGUUUCCAGGAGCGACAGAGAAAGCAGAAAGUACCGCGUUCGACAAUGCCUCAUUCUCCCGCGACGUUAAUCUACCCCACUUGUUCUACUGCACCACGAAUGGCUAUGGUGAUUUUGCCUCAAUCGUCACUUAUGACCUUGACACGGGGUCUGUCAUCCACAUCACCACCUCCAGCGCCGGAAUUCAAGCCAUACGACCAAUUUUGUGGGAAAUUCAGAACCUCGAGGUUACCAGCGACAAUAUUGUGUUUACCGUCAAUGUCGAGGGGUGGACUUCCCUCUUUUUCAUGCCGCUGUCCGGUUCUCACAAGAACACUGUGAUCGAGGUCAAGGUUGCCUGGGAAAGGGGUUGGCUCACCUUCCACACGAAUGACUCCAACGGCAAGCCGUACGAACUGACGCUGCAACUCACGUCAUACCACUCAAGAGGGCGCGUCGCUUACUUGGAUCUUAUUCCAUUGUUGGGCGAUGUCAAGAAAGAUGAAAAGGGUCAUGCCUACGUACUCGCUUCAGUCUUACCCUACGCACAGGCAGUGCCACCUACGGUGGCACAUGAAGUCCCGCCUACGCUCAUCAGAUACAAGAGUUUCGAUGGCUUGGAGAUCCCUGCCAUCUAUUACCACCCGGCUGGUCAAUCGGUGACAUCCGUCGUUAUUAACAUUCACGGUGGCCCAGCAUCUCAAGCUACCGCCAAUUACCGCACGCCUACGCAUAGUUACUUAUUGAACGAGUUGAAAAUUGCUGUUAUCUACCCCAAUGUGCGCGGAAGUUCGGGAUAUGGAAAGACGUACAUGGCCGCGGAUGAUGUGCUGAAACGCGAAGAUUCUGUCAAAGAUAUCGGAGCGUUGCUUGACCACAUCACGUCCAACAUGCAGAAUGAAUUGGAUUCAUCCCGCAUUGCUGUAGCUGGCGGAUCCUAUGGUGGAUACAUGUGCUUGGCGACUCUGACACAUUACUCCUCGAAGCUCGUCUGCGGUAUUGAAAACUUUGGAAUCUCGCACUGGCCUUCGUUCCUGGAGAACACCGCGGCUGUCCGGCGUGCGAAUCGGAGACUCGAGUAUGGCGAUGAGACCAUCCCAGAAAUCAGAGCGUUCCUUGAAAGGAUCUCGCCGAUCAACCACAUCUCGAAGAUCACGGUACCCCUCCUGAUCACCCAUGGCGAGAACGAUAGUCGAGUAACUGUGCAUGAAGCUGUUAGCUUGUACAAAACUUUGUCAAAGAAUGUGCAUACCGAACUCAUCAUAUGCGAAAUGGAGGGUCAUGGAUACAAACAGAAGAGCGUGAUCGAGUUCACUAACGCUGCUGACAUCUUAUUCCUGGAAAGAUUCCUCUUUUCUAAGUAGAAUAUAUGGACUUGGCCACGCCUGGACCUGUGUACUGCACUGCAGAAAAUGUAGGUUUUGUGUUUGUUCGUGCAAAAAUGCAGGAAUGUGAGGGCUGCAGCAGUCACUGCAAAAACGACAAAAUAAACCGCAUGCGGAAAGGGUAGGGUUAGGGCCUGUAUACGGACACAAAGCGUAGUACAGAAAUAUAA